CGUUGGACUUCUUUAGCAUGAGCAAAUCUACAUAAAGGAGUUAUGAUUAUUAAUUGUUGUAACGCUUCUAAUUUUCCUUGGCUUCGGCGCGUUAACGUAUCGAUGAAUAAAACAACACUUCACUGCUGUGUUUCGUAUUGGCUGCGCUCGGAAGCCUCUCUUUCGUGCAAACUCGUUUUCUUUCGGUAAUUUUCGCUAGGCCUCCUUCCUGUGUUUUGAUCCCGCAAAAAGAAAAAAAAAAAGAAGCCAUUUCCUAUCGGCUUUGUUUAUUCUCGACAUACUUUAAAAAAAAAAAAAACAUCCCGUACUAUUGCGAACCAACACGUUGUCGAUUUGGGGUUUUAUCAAGAAAAAGGGAUAUCAUCCGUUACGCUGUUUGGGAGAGUGGACACUUUACCCUCCCGGAUUCGCUCGGACAUAUUCGGCCUAACUCGGUCGUGGCCGGAGAAAUGGAUGAAUCUGAAUUGGCUACGAAGGGGCUCGGGUUAGAGGAGGCGCCCGAAAGCGCUGCUGCUGUGCCCGGCGAGGGGGAGGACUCGGAUACUGAAUCGGAGGCCGAAGUUACAGCGAUGACAGUAAUGGGUGAACCGGGGCACAUCGAGAUCGGAGCCGAGUCCUUGCCGAACCCAGACGAGGCCGAAACGGCGUUUGCAGACGUGACCACUGUGACUGUAGCAGAUGUGGCAGGUCCAGGAGAUAACGUGUUCACGACUUCAGUUGCAAGCGCAGCCUCCAUUUCUGAGCAUGUUCUGACUGGAAGGACUACCUUGCAGAUAGGAGACCCUCUAAACACCCAAAAGGCCACUCUGAUUGUGGUUCACACCGAUGGUAGCAUUGUAGAUACUUCAGGGCUGAAAGGACCUGCUACACCGAUUUCCCCAGGUCCGCAGACCCCAUCAACUCCAAUAACACCAGGUCCUGAGAAAGAUGGGACAAAAUAUAACUGGGACCCCUCUGUGUAUGAGAAUGAGCUGCCUGUAAGAUGCAGAAACACCAGUGGACUGCUGUAUAAGAACAGGCUGGGCUCUGGGGGGAAAGGGCGCUGCAUCAAGCACAACAAUAACUGGUACACCCCUACUGAGUUUGAGGGCAUGUCUGGCAGAGCCAGCAGUAAAGACUGGAAGAGGAGCAUUCGUUACGCAGGCAGACCUUUGCAGUGUCUGAUCCAGGAUGGGAUCCUGAAUCCUCAUGCUGCCUCAUGUACCUGUGCUGCCUGCUGCGAUGAUCUGUCCUUGUGCACCAAGAAUGGGGAUGGGCCAUCUUUGAGAGGGGAGAACAUAAAUAUGACUGGUCCUGUAAGGCUGUUUGUCCCAUACAAAAGACGGAAGAAAGACAAUGAGCAGCCAUCUAUACCGGAGAAGAAGGAGUCCCAGUCCCCCAAGAACAUCACCCUCCUCCCCGCAGCAGCUGGGACGACCUUUACAGUUUCACCUUCUGGGCAGAUCACGACCUCAGGCACGUUGACCUUUGACAGAGCGUCCACAGGUGACACCACAACCAUCAUUUCCGAGAGCCCAGCACAAGCAGAUGUGUUCACUGGGACAACAGUCCUGACAUCCCUUCCUGCUCUGGCCGUGAAUCAGUCCAUCCCGGCCAAAGCCGUGUCGCCCAGCUUGGUCAACGGCCUGGAUGUGAGUGAGCAGAGGAACUGGCUGUACCUGGAGGAGAUGGCCAACUCGCUGAUCAGCACGGCGCAGCAGCUGAAGGUCCUCAUUGAGCAGGCCAAGCAGGCCAGCCUGGCCAGCCGAGAGGUGACCCUCACGCAAGCCAAGGGGCCGCAGGAGAGGAAAGACGCCUUCCAGAAUCAAAUAUCAUUUCAGCCUACAGAGGACACAGAUGUAAAAACUGAGAUCAUCAUUAAGCAAAUGUGUGUGAACUGUGGGCGAGAGGCCAUGAAUGAAUGCACUGGCUGCCACAAGGUCAAUUACUGUUCCAUUUUCUGCCAAAGAAAGGACUGGAAGGAGCAUCAGCACAUCUGUGGCCAGCAUACCACCACAGUAUCUGUUCAGGACGAGGAUGUUCAGAUUACAGACCUGGACAUUGAGAAAGUAAAAGUCUAGCAGCUGGUCAAUCUACAAGCCUUUGAAGAAGAGAAGUGUUGGUUUUGUGCUCUAGAAAAAUGAGCAUUAUCUGUCAUCUUGAGAACAUUGAACAUUUAGUCUGAAGUGUUAGCAGUGAGUCAUUCAUUGCCUGUUUUUUUUUUACUUCCCCUUACCUCAUGGGUUACCUUAUUAGGACUGAUCUCAUGAUGCAUUUUUUACUGCUUUCAUUUAAACUUAUGUUUUUUUUUUAUUUAAAAAAAAGAAAAGUUACUAAGCACAGGAGUAUUUUUCACUUGAAACGACCAAGUCUUGAAAUAUCAGUUUGUCACUCUUGAAAGAUCCUGUCAGAAGUACAUUUUUUUUUGUUUUAUUCCCCAAUUCCACUUAUUAUAUAUACAUCUGAUCAGGAAUUGCCAGUUGUGAGGCAGUUUGACUCAUGGCUGCAAAACGUGUCGUGCACAAGGAGAAGGAGGACUUGAGUACUCACUCCUCUGAUGCAUCCUGCAAGCUCUCCAGUGCCUUGAAGUCGAGAGGGCAUGGACUGAAGAAGUGUCUGUCACUGGAGCAGUGCAAGCAUGCAGGGCUAACGGGGAUCUGUCAGGACAUUCUGUUGUGUUGCAAAUCAAGGGAACUCUGACUCAAACCCAGCCAGCUUUGGUGGUGCUGCUCCCGAUGUCUGCCAUACUGAUUACCCGGAUUCAAACCUGCAACUUCUGAUCUGUCUGGCUCAACCUGUGAUCCAAUCAUCUUUACUGGCAGAACCACUCAGGAUCCCCUCUGUGUUUGAACUAUGAACACAUGAAGAACCCUUAUUCCUGCUUACAGGACCCUGUUCCCUUAUGACCUGUGAGGACCUUCACGUUGCCCAGACAUGACUUACUGUAAACGUGCUUUGCCUGAAAUGUGAAGUUCUUAAGUAUUCAGUCAUGUGAAAUGUUCAGGUGCUGUUUUGUGUUAGGUGCUGAAAGAUGUGUGAGAGAGUCACCUCAUGAAACAUCUAGAAUCAUCAGUUAUUUUAGUAUGCUGUGUGCUUUGUAUAAAAUAUUAUUUUUAAAUUAUUUUUAUAUCAAUAUUCCAUCUAUAGCUGUAGUAGGAAAAAAGAUUGAAUACACAAAUUUUGACACAUAGCAAGUACAAUGUGUGUGCCUUUAAUAUGCACAAAUGCACAAGUUCCUGACUAUUCACUUACAUAGCUUUUUUUUCCCUAAACCACAUGUUUUCCAGUUAAAAAAAAAUACUCAUUGUUUCAACAGAACUUACUAUUACAGAAACAGGGAAAACCUGAACUGGAAAAAGCUUUGAAAUAAAAAUGGUCUGUUUCAUCAUUA